GCGGUGUGGUCAGCCAAGUAGCAGCGUCCCCUCUGAGCAGGAGACUCACCUGUGAACUGACCUGGCGCUUGUGCGGCCCUGCCCAGUAACGCCUACGUAUGCCUAAGAACCCCUGUGCCAAGCCAUCAGCCUAGCUGACCCCAGGAGCGACCGACACUGGGCAGGACCUGCAGGGACCCCCCACAUCACCACAGACGUCAGACGUCACCAGGAUGUCGUAUUUUGGGGAGCAUUUUUGGGGUGAGAAAAACCAUGGCUUUGAAGUCCUGUAUCACAGUGUGAAGCAGGGUCCCAUCUCCACCAAAGAGCUGGCCGACUUCAUCCGGGAGAGGGCCACCGUGGAGGAGGCCUACUCCAAGGCCAUGGCCAAACUCUCGAAGCUGGCCAGCAAUGGGACCCCCAUGGGGACCUUUGCCCCACUCUGGGAGGUCUUCCGAGUCUCCUCCGACAAGCUGGCUCUGUGCCACCUGGAGCUCACGCGGAAGCUGCAGGACCUCAUCAAGGAUGUGCUCCGCUACGGCGAGGAGCAGCUCAAAUCCCACAAGAAGUGUAAGGAGGAGGUGCUGGGCACGCUGGACGCGGUGCACGUGCUGGCCGGCGUCAGCCAGCUGCUGCCCAAGUGCCGCGAGAACUACCUGAGCCGCUGCAUGGACCAGGAGCGCCUGCGCCGGGAGAGCACCAGUCAGAAGGAGAUGGACAAGGCAGAAGCCAAAACCAAGAAAGCAGCCGAGGGACUGCGGCGCUCGGUGGAGAAGUACAACUCGGCCCGGACAGACUUUGAGCACAAGAUGCUGGACUCAGCUAUGCGUUUCCAAGCCUUGGAGGAGACGCACCUGCGGCACAUGAAGGCACUGCUGGGCUCCUACGCACACUCGGUGGAGGACACACACGUGCAGAUUGGGCAGGUGCACGAGGAGUUCAAGCAGAACAUUGAGAACGUCAGCGUGGAGAUGCUGCUCCGGACGUUUGCUGAGAGCAAGGGCACCGGUCGGGAGAAGCCGGGGCCUCUGGACUUCGAGGCGUAUCGUGCAGCUACCCUACAGGAAGCAAUGAAGCGGCUGCGGGGAGCCAAGGCCUUCCGCCUCCCUGGCCUCAGCCGGCGGGAGCGAGAGCUGCCUGCAGCUGUAGACUUCCUGGAGCCCAACUCAGGGAUGUGUCCAGAGGUGGACGAAGAGGGGUUCACAGUCCGGCCUGAUAUGACCCAGAACAGCACGGCCGAGCCUUCUCGCUUCUCAUCCAGCGACUCGGACUUUGACGACGAGGAGCCCCGGAAGUUCUACGUGCAUAUCAAGCCUGCUCCACCCCGGGCCCCGGCCUGCAGCUCCGAGGCCUCCGUGGCGCAGCUCAGGGCCACGGCCGGCAGCCUCAUCCUUCCUCCCGGCCCCGGGGGCACCAUGAAGCGCCACUCUUCCCGGGACACCGCUGGCAAGCCGCAGAGGCCUCGGUCAGCCCCGAGGGCCAGCAGCUGCACGGAGAAGCCGCUGUCCUCUGACGAGCAGGUGUCCAAGAGCCUCUUUGGGCCACCGCUGGAGUCGGCCUUGGACCACGAAGACUUCACCGGCUCCAGCAGCCUUGGCUUCACCUCCAGCCCCUCCCCGUUCUCCUCCUCAUCCCCCGAAAAUGUGGAGGACUCUGGCCUGGACUCUCCCUCACACGCCGCGCCCGGCCCCCCCAGAGCCCUGGGUCCCCCGCCCGGGCACCCCCCAGAGCCCACCCAGCUGCAGGCCACAGCCCCCAGAACCCAGGGGCACCUGGAGUCUGCCGCGGCCAGACUCCCCACAGCCCCUCAUGCCAUCGCCAGGCGCCUGGGGGCUGGAGGCUGCAGACCCGACGCCGGGCGACCCUGCGGCGGCGCCCCGGAGAGCCCGCACGCGGAAGGUGGCCUGCCCCUUGGCCCGCAGCCACGGAGACCUGGAGUCUCCCGGGGCCCCAGCCCGGUGGUGCUGGGCUCCCAGGACGCCCUGCCGGUGGCCACCGCCUUCACCGAGUACGUCCACGCCUACUUCUGCGGCCACAGCCCCAGCUGCCUGGCUCGCGUGACCGGGGAGCUGACCAUGACCUUCCCCGCGGGCAUCGUGCGCGUGUUCGGCGGGAGCCCGCCGCCGCCCGUGCUCAGCUUCCGGCUGGUGCACACGGCGCCCGUGGAGCAGUUCCAGCCCAACGCCGACCUGCUCUUCAGUGACCCCUCCCAGAGCGACCCGGAGACCAGAGACUUCUGGCUCAACAUGGCGGCGCUGACCGAGGCUCUGCAGCGCCAGGCCGAGCAAAACCCGGCCGCCUCCUACUACAACGUGGUGCUGCUGCGCUACCAGUUCUCCCGCCCCGGGCCGCAGUCGGUGCCUCUGCAGCUCAGCGCGCGCUGGCAGUGCGGGCCGGGCCUCACGCAGGUGCAGGUGGAUUAUGGCUACCGCACAGGAGCCACGGCGGUGGCCACGCCGCUCACCAACGUCCAGAUCCUGCUGCCCGUGGCGGAGCCCGUGACCAACGUACGCCUGCAGCCGGCCGCCACGUGGAGCCUGGAGGAGAAGCGGUUCGCCUGGAAGCUCCCGGACGUGUCGGAGGCGGGGGGCUCCGGCCGCCUCUCCGCCAGCUGGGAGCCGCUGUCGGGGCCCAGCGCCCCCAGCCCCGUGGCCGCGCAGUUCACCAGCGAGGGUGCCACGCUGUCAGGCGUGGACGUGCAGCUGGUGGGCAGCGGCUACCGCAUGUCCCUGGUGAAGAGAAGGUUCGCGACAGGUAUCCACCGCCCUCGACGGGGGGAGGGGGGGACCCGCCGGUCCCACCGGCCUCAGGCGCUCCGCACAGCCGGUACCUCGGGCGGGCAGGUGAGGGGCUCGGGCUCGCGCGGCAGACUGGAGAGGGAGGGGCGUGGCCGGGAGAGGGCGGGCCGAGGCUUGGAUUGGGUACAGCCCCUGGCGGGCGUGGCCUGA